AUGACUAUUUAUAAAACAAUUGCAAUCCUAUCCAAAAAUCCGAACCAGCCAAUUAGCGGAGGAUUGGGAGAUUACGAUGACGUCAUCGUACACGUAUUCAUUAUCCUAUCCAAAAAUCCGAACCAGUCAAUCAGUGGAUGGUUUGAGGAUUACGCUGACGUCAUCGUACCAGAUUACGCUGACGUCGUCGUACACGUAAGCAUUAUCCUAUCCAAAAAUCCGAACCGGCCAAUCAGUGGAGGAUUUGAGGAUUACGAUGACGUCAUCGUACACGUAUUCAUUAUCUUAUCCAAAAAUCUGAACCAGCCAAUCAAUCCUGACAAUCUUCAAGUGGGGAUGACAUUUCCCACAAAAGAUGUGGCAAUGCAGUGUGUAAAAGAAUAUCAUAUGCACAAUUCUACGAGCUUCGUCGUUGCACAUUCUGAUAGCACUAGAUGGAUUGUCCAUUGUAAAAAUAAAAAUUGUAUGUGGAGGUGUAGAAUCUUGAAUGGAAAGAAAUCAAACAUCUGGAAGAUCACAAAACUAGAAGGGCCACACACAUGCUCAUCAACAAUGGUUUCACAAGAUCACCAACAACUCUCUUCGGCUGUUAUUUGUGAAAGCAUCUUACAAAUGGUAACAGCAGAUCCCACAAUAUCAGUUUCAGUAUUGAUUGCACAUAUACGAUCUCGGUACACAUAUACCACUACUUAUAGAAAGACAUGGAUUGCAAAACAACAGGCCAUUGACAGAAUAUACGGUACUGUUACCGAUAUUGAAGUGGGACCCUUUAUUGAGGAUGGCCAACGAGUUCCUAGCAAAGCUGUCUUUCAUCGUCUCUUUUGGAGUUUCCAACCAUGUAUCAGAGGGUUUGAUCAUUGUAAACUAGUUGUUUCAGUUGAUGGAACAUGGUUAUAUGGGAAGUAUUGUGGGACCUUACUAAUGGCAAUCGCUCAGGAUGGUAAUGGUCAUACCAUUCCUAUAGCAUACGCCAUUGUUGAGGGUGAAACAUCAGAUGGUUGGUUUUUCUUCCUCAGUCGUCUACGAAUGUUUGUCACACCUCAACCCAACCUCUGCUUGAUUUCAGAUAGACAUGAGUCGAUUAAAAGUGAUGUUAGACGUGUAAACAACAAUUGGCAUCAUGUCUUUUGCGUUCGACAUAUAUCACAAAACUUCAUGAGGACCUUCAAAAAUGGGCUAAUGAAAGAUCUUGUAACCAACAUGGGAUACGCUAUGACUCAACCAAGCAUCACAUACUUUAGAAGACAAAUCAGUGAUUGGAGUCAAGAUGCAGUGAAAUGGCUCGACGAUAUUCCAAAGGAGCAAUGGCUACAAGCAUAUGAUGAAGGUAGACGUUGGGGACACAUGACAACUAACCUUUCUGAGUGCAUGAACAAUGUAUUAAAGGGGACACACAAUCUUCCAAUCAGUUCUUUAGUGCAAGCAACAUAUUAUAAAGUGUCUGCAAAAUUUGAAGAAAGAGGGACACAUGCCCAAGCAAUGAUGACAUCGGGUUUGAUUUACUCAAAUACAAUCAUUCAAAAUCUUAACAAGGAACGAGCAAUGUCAAAUUCCCAUGAAGUUGUUAUUCACAAUCGAGCUCAUAGUAUAUUUACAGUUAAGGAGUUGGUUCGUCCACCAAGUGGUCGUACUGUAGGGACAUUCAAGGUAGAUCUCGACAAAAGAUGGUGCGAUUGUGGUGAAUUUCAAGCAUUACAUUAUCCAUGUUCACAUGUCAUUGCCGCUUGUUCGUUUAUUCACCGUGACUACAUGAUGUAUGUGUCUUCUAAGUAUACAUUGCAAUGUAUCUUUGACGUUUACAAAGAAGAGUUCCCAGCAAUUCCUCUUCAAUCAUAUUGGCCAGAAUACAAUGGAAUAGAGUUAUGCCACAAUCCAGCCAUGAGAAGAGAUCCAAAAGGUCGUCCACAGUCUACUCGUAUUCAUACUGAAAUGGAUCAACGAGAGAAAAACACACACCCCAAGAGAUGUGGUUUGUGUCGGAACGAGGGACAUAGCAAGAAUAAAUGCCCUUAUCGUCCUGAUGCUCCUAAUAGAAAUUAG